GAGGAGGCCAGAGCGGCGGCGGCGGCGGAGGCUCCGCCAUGGAGGAAACGCAACGGCGGGCCCUGCGGCGCGGGCGGGCCCGGCUGGUGGCGGAGCUGAGGGUGGCGCCGCUCUGGGACCCGCUGGAGGACAGAGGCCUCUUCACCCGCACCAUGGUGGAAGAGCUGCAGAGCGCCGGCAGCCGAGGAGACCAAGCCCGGCAGCUGGUCAUCGACCUGGAGACUCGAGGAAAACAGGCUUUUCCCCUAUUCCUCUCGAUCCUGAGGGACACCGGGCAGGGAGACCUCGCAGACAUGCUGAUGAAGGAAUGCCAGUGCCCACUGGUGCCGCCGCAGCUGGCAGAGCUGAGGCCUGUUGAGCUGGAGUUACGUGGAAAAAAACAUAAUAAAAAUGUGAACUUGCCAGAACGUUUGUCCAUCCCGGUCCAAGUCGAGAGCGAAAGACCUCGAACACCUCCAGCACCAGCCCUGGGUCUGGCUGUUGAGAAGAGGAACCGUGAUCUGGUUUACGAGCUGAAAGCAGACCCGUGCGGACACUGCCUGAUCCUCAACAACGUCGACUUCAGCAGGGACUCGGAUCUGUCGACUCGAGUCGGCUCCAACGUGGACUGCAAGAAGCUGGAGAAGCGCUUCAAGUCCUUGAGCUUCGACGUCCUGACUCGGCAGAAUCUCAAAGCUCAGGAAAUGGUUUCAGAGCUGCAGAAGCUGGCGCAGCAGGACCACGGCGCCUUGGACUGCUGCAUCGUGGUCAUCCUUUCCCAUGGGUGUCAGACGAGCCAUAAUCAGUUUCCCGGAGGCGUUUACGGAACGGAUGGAAAACCCAUUCCAAUAGAAAAGAUUGUGAACUAUUUCAAUGGGUCCAAUUGCCCGAGUUUGAGAGGAAAACCCAAACUCUUCUUCAUCCAGGCCUGUGGUGGAGAACAAAGAGAUCGAGGCUUUGUAGUGGACUGUGAUUCCCCUGGGGAUGAAGCUCCUGGAGGUGCUUUGGAGUCGGACGCGACUCCUUUUCGGGCUCCGGUGGGUGGCACGGACGAGCCCGAUGCUGUAGCCAGUUUGCCCACGCCCAGCGACAUCCUGGUCUCCUACUCCACUUUUCCAGGCUUCGUCUCCUGGAGAGACGCCUCGAGCGGCUCGUGGUACGUGGAAACACUGGACAGGGUGCUGGAGCAAUACGCCCAUACAGAAGACCUGCUCAGCAUGUUGCUGCGGGUGGCCGACGCCGUCUCUGCCAAGGGGAGGUACAAACAGAUCCCAGGCUGUUUCAACUUUCUCCGUAAAAAAUUCUUCUUCACCUGCAAAUGACCUGUGGGCUCCGAGGUCCCCGCCAAGCGGGACGGAUGAAGUCUGCGCCCGCCGCGACUCGGCGUCGAUGCUCCCGGUGGCCUUUGUCUGUCUGUCUGUCUUGAGAUGUUUGUCUUGAGAAACCUGAUCUGUGAACGCUGUUCUUGCUGUGAAAUGGGGAAGCGGUGGAGCCUGGUGCUGCACCAAGGGGGAAGUGUUGGGGAUGGAGCCAGGACGGGUGAAGGAAUCCCCUUUGCCAGGGCACGUGCCAGCCCCGAGCCUCCGUGUUUGUGGAGGAGAGUGGCUCAUUGCAACGCGGUUGCGCUCGGCCUCCUCGUAUUUUUGUAUGAUGAUGGUGAUGUUUGUGUCCUUUCUGCCUGUACGACCCAGUGAUGGAGCCAGGGUCUGGUGCUUGUGUGGAAUUGUGUGAUUUUUGCAAUCGAUAUUUUCCAAUCGAUAUUUUGCAUUCGAUAUUUUUCACUUUCUCAAUAAAACGCAGUGAAAAAUGGAAA